UUUACCGACGUGGCUGUGCAAAAUCAUUGUCUUUCACUUCUCAAAACCAAAUUGACGAUCGAGCCAGAUAGACUCGCUUGCCAGUAGCCGAAAUGGAACGGCAGAGAACGAACCGGCGAGUCCAAAUCGAUGAAUCGCAGCCUCCGAAAUACGACACUGUUGACGAGGGGGAUGAUAAUUCGAUGAGAAUGAGACCAUCGCAGAACAAUGUGACCGAAAGUCAAGAGCCCUUCAUGGGAGUUAAGGUCCGUAGAAAAGCGUCGCUUCACCGAGAAUACAAAGGCGAUUAUAUCGACGUGCCUUCUCGCCCGUACUUAAUAAAGAUUAUGGAAAAGCAAGGUGACACGCAAGUUCUUUUUGCUGAUAACGUUUUGAAGUUCACUGGUAAUGGGAAGAUGAAGCGUCGCAUUCUUCUAAUUACUAAUUUUGCCAUUUACCUUGUUGACCCUGAUACUGCUGCACUUAAACGCCGCAUAGCUCUUGCAGCUGUUGAGAAGAUGUCUUUGAGUGAACUAAGUGAUAACUUUUUUGCAAUUAUCAUUCCAUAUGAGUACGACCUACUCAUGGCUAGUACUCGAAAAUCUGAAAUUGUUACCGUGUUAGUUGAAGCUACUAAGAGUGACUCAGCGCAACUUGAGGUGGUUUUCUCCAAUAGGUUUGAGUAUAAUGCAACUAGCGAUUUGGUGAAGGAAGUUCAAUUUGAGGAAGUGGAAGGUGGUGUUAAAACAAGAAUUCUGACAAGAUAAGUUGCAUCUUAUACUGUCUUAAUAUGUUUGUAGACUUUUAAGGGGAUUUGAAGUCUCCAUUGUAAAGGUAAAAGACUGUUCAUCCAUACAUAUUUUGUUCCUUUCAGCAUUAAGGUCAACCUCCCCUUGAAAAUGUAGCUUCUUGUUUUGAUAUUUGAAACAGUGUGUGAUUUGUAAUUCUUUUUGCAAAAAAAUGGUAGUGUAAUUGUGUUCUUUCAACUUCCAA